AUCUAGACAUGUGGAAAGAGGUUCUGGAGAGUUCCAUUCUCACAAACGUAUGUAGGAGAGAUAGAGAGGAGAAAUAAAAAAAACCUGUUUUUCCCCUCUUCUCUCCGAAUUUUUCUUCUUUGAUCGUCCACGAUACCAAUCAAACCCUAAUAUCUCCGUAUUUGUUCGUAUUUAACAACCUAGUUUCGAACCAAUCGAACCACUUUAGUACCGAUACUCGACACAAGCUCUUAUAGAUAUUGGUCUGUUGCUCUGUUUCUGGGAGUUCAAAAUUCGUCGAAUUUACGAGAAAGAAUAGAUUUUUGUUUUGUUUUAACGGGUUUGGCUUCCUGGGUUUGUAAUCUGGAGGAGAAAAGCUAGGUAUGGCGUCGAACAAUAGCGAGAAAAGCAACGAUGAUUUGUAUGCUGUUCUGGGUUUGAAGAAGGAAUGUACGACGACGGAGCUCCGUACUGCUUAUAAGAAGCUUGCUCUAAGAUGGCAUCCAGAUCGUUGUUCGUCAAUGGGGAAUUCGGAGUUUGUAGAAGAAGCAAAGAGGAAAUUUCAGGCCAUCCAAGAAGCCUACUCUGUUCUGUCCGAUUCCAACAAGAGGUUCCUCUAUGAUGUUGGAGCUUAUCACGAUGAUGAUGACCAAAACGGAAUGGGAGAUUUCCUGAACGAAAUGGCGUCCAUGAUGAAUCAAUCCAAGCCUAGUGAGAAUAAUUCAGGGGACAGUUUUGAACAGCUACAAGAUCUGUUUAAUGAGAUGUUUCAAGGAGACGUGACAGCAUUCCCAUCAUCAUCAUCAUCAUCUUGUAGUUUUGUAUUCGACAAAAACGAUCAGCGAUCAAGGUCAUCAUUCGAAACAAGUUCAAUGGGUAUUAACAUGAAUAAUCCGUUCGGAUUCGACCCCAGAGCUCAUUCCUUCUCUUUAGGGGUGGAGCAUCAGCAGGAUUUCAAGAAAGGGAAGAACAAUGGCGGGAGAAGAAACAGGAGGAAAAAUGAUGCUCAAUCGGCUGCUCACGAAACGUCGUCGUCCAACAACUAUGGAGUUCCUACUUCAUAGGCAAUUUACCUAAUUUUAUUUCAACUUUGAUGGAUUCUUCUCCGAGUAACAAUGGAUGCUCUUUGUCCAUUUUAAUACUCCCCUCAAUGUUUAUUACUAUUUUUUUUUGUCCUUUGUCUCUACGUUUCUGCUUACCAUUAUUUAUUUCAAAAGUUGGUGGUAACUCUGAUAGCAUUGAAGGAAAUUAGUGGUAUAACAUUGUUAA